UGUAUAAAUACUCAUGUUAUCCACCUCUUUAUAUCAUUCGUUCACUGGCAGACGAAAUGAACAAGUUUUUGGUGAUUUCAGUGUGUGUGCUUCAGGUUUACACUUAUGAUAUUCCUGUGGUUCAGACUCCAGGCUCCUGUGACAAGUCAUACGUGGGCCUGAACUGUCCUAAAGGCAAAGUUAUCGACAUAGUGUCAACGUUUUAUGGCAGAGGACAGUCUAGUGUUUGUGGUCCUCCAGCAACAAACACUUCUUGUUCAUCAUUAACAUCAACUGUGUCUAUGAAAUUCAAUUAUAAUGGCCUGUCAAACGCUGUCGUUUAUAUUUACCCACCAAACGUUGGAAUGGAUCCUUGUUAUGGAACUUUGAAACAGCUUAACAUUACAUACAGAUGUAUCAAUAAUCCAGGAAACUUGCUAGAGACCAGUCCAAUUUGCGAUGGUCAACACAUGUACAUUUCUUGUGGUCCACGUGCUGUAAUUUCCAUAAGUUCUUUGCUGUACGGUAAAUGGGACAAGAACAUUUGUCCUGGACCAUACGCUUUGAACGACAUACCAGCAGGAGCUGAUUUUCCUGACAUGUGCACCUCCAUUUCAGCCCUGGACCACUUCAAGGCCAAUUGUGACGGAAAGUACGUGUGUGAAUUGAACACAAACAUGAACGAAGAUCCGUGUGUUGGUACCAGAAAGUACUUAAUUGCCAAGUACUACUGCAUUGAGCCACGUGCCUCUUGUUCAGCUUAAUAAAUGUUAGUUUAUUAUGAUUUUUUUUACAAGUUUUACGAUAAUAAAAGUAAGAAAAAUAAUAUAAAUUAUGUACAUAUUUAAACUGCACUGAUUGUUGGUACGUUUACAUGUUUUUGUGAUAAAUAAAUACAAUAUUUAAAA